AUGGAAGAAGUAAAGUUUAUAGGGAAAAGCGAAUUAUAUUGCAAACAAAUUUACAGAGUUGAAGAAACACCCCCACCAAGUCCUGCACCAUCUUUACAGCCCAGAGCAGAGAAUUUGUCUGCUCUCAAUAGACAUAGAAUGCGCAAGCGGCGAACUAUUUUUUCCGCGAAGAUUGAAAGUUUGGAAGAUAAAGUGGAUGAUUCCACCGAUAUUGCCCACAAAUCGCAGUGCAGCAUAAUAAUCCGUUAUGUCAAUCUUGAAGGAAAACUUGUGGAGAGAUUUUUAGGAUUUCAUGAUAGACUGAAAAAUGAAUUGCAGCUGAUCUAUAGCGAUGAUCAAUAUCAAAAUAUGGAACCCCGCUUAUUAAAGGAAUCGCUAUUUGAGAAUCGCAGUAUCUUCAAGGAGGCAUAUAAGCUUUUGUGUUUAAUACUGACCAUUCCAUCAACAAUUCCUUAUGCAAAUAACUGUGAUGACAGUGAAGUGGUCUUCAAUAAUGGGAAAUGGAGCUCCUAUACUCCCCAACAACUGAAGAGGCCCAAAACUACAAAGCUAUCAUGUACGAAAACGGUACAAAAUAAAAAAUAUAUUUCUGUUAACUAUCUACUAAUGGAAGAAAAGCUGAAUUUUUUGAAACUACAGAAAGAAAAAUUCAUCGAAGAACACGAUAAAAAAAUGGCAAUAUAUCAAAAAAAAGGUUCAGCUGUUAGAUUUACAGAUCAAUGCAUUCGAUAAGUAGAAAACAAAGGAUUUGUUUUGUUAAUUUCUGGAUUUUCACUUGCAC